AUUCUCACCCGGAGAAUCCAAGAAUUUUCAUCUUUCGACAAAUGUCUGCCUUUGGUGGCUAUGCCCAAGAGAUCCCCUUCAAGCUGAGCUCCUCUGCUGUCGCCGUGUGCGGACGGCUGUAUUUGGGGAGCCAUCAGAGUGCCAUGCAGUGGCAGGAGCUGAAGGAUGGCAAGAUCCAGCUGGUGGUGAACUGCACCAAUGAUGAAGAAGUCCCUUGUUUCCAUGCGGACCAAGGUUUGCGAUAUUUGAGGAUUGCUGUGAACGACAACGAAUCUGCGAUGAUUCUGCCUUACUUGGAUGGUGCAGCUGAUGCAAUCGCAACAGCUGUGGGCCAGGGUGAGAAUGUUUUGGUGCAUUGUCAGCAAGGUAUCAGCCGAUCCGCCACCAUCCUCGCGGCAUUUCUCAUCAAACACUGUGGCCUUACUGCAGAUUCAGCCAUUGAGCAGAUCCAAAGCCGUCGACACGUGGCCAAUCCGAAUGUGGGUUUCCGUCGCCAGCUUCAAGACUUCCAACAGGCUGCUUCAGGAGGUGGCAAUGGGACGGCUACAUCCCUGGACCAGAACUGGUGCUACCAAUCCCUGGGCUGCUUUGCCACGGGACGAACAGACGAGGCCUUCGCAUCUCUUGAUUCUCUUGGCGAGUUCAAUCCCAGGCGAGUGCUGCAGGUGGGUUUGGAUUUCGUGCUUGGCAGAGGCAUCAAGGACAGUGACGUUCUUUGGUAUGCAUCACUGCUUCGAACGCUCUCGAGUUGCAAUGCCCUGGAGCUCUUGUGGCAAGAACUGACUUCCGAAGACUUCCAGGAGUCGUGGGGCCCAGACUUUUCACCCCAGCUGCUACAAGACACGCUUUAUGUAACGCUGAAGAAACAUGUAGAACACAAAGACGGCCAAGAUUGAUCCGCGACUUUGAUUUGCUUUAAAGGAUCUACUUAUCGGCUCGGAGCUUGUACAGGCGAUGUUGAUGUACAGACCGCGGUCGCUGCUCCUGCUGGAAAAGGCUGCGCGAUACCGUGGGUACUUGUCACUUGUGACAUGUCUUGAUGCUGCAGGAUGUGUUGUGCAGCAUGCAUGC